AUAUAUCUACUAGACAGAAGUGAAAGCUCAAACUCAAAGAAAAUAGAUUUACACAUUCUUCUAGAAGUCCUAUAUAGAUCUAGAUUCUAUAUCUAAAUAAGAGAUUUUCAAGAUUUCAUAGUAUCUACGUAUCGACGAUACUUUGAUAUAAAUUAGAAAAAUGACAGCAAGAAAUAUUCAGCAGCCUAAAUAUGUAUUUGGGAUUCUUCAAACUCCAUCUGAAGAUCAGCAAAUAUCUAGACCGACUUCUGCAAUAUCCUCCAACUCAAAUUCUACUGGUAAUAGAAAGAAACCAUUGGCCUUGCCAACUCCACUCCACACAGUGAGCCAUAGACCACAAACCCCUGGCAAAAGUAGCACAAGUUACACCCCAUAUACAACCACAAGCACUGUAUCUAAUGAGAAUAGCUCAAGUGCUAUUGUUGCAAUAGUAGAAGGUAGAGGACAAGCUCGAGGUGAAGUUGGAAUCUCAAGUUUGGAUUUAAAACAGUCUAUUUUGACUCUGUCACAAUUUUCUGACAGUAAUACUUAUGAAAAAACAAUGGCCAAAUUAUAUCAUUUAAAUCCACUCGAGAUUCUUUUACCAAACACACUUUGUGAAAGUGUGAACAAUAAACUUUUUAUCCAGCUGAAUAUCAAUUUUCCAUCCAUUCCCAAGAUAUCAGUCCAGCGUCAUUACUAUAAUGAAAGUAAAGGUCUCUACUACAUCAAGCAUUUAUGUGCUUCAGAGUAUACAAAUAUUGAACUUCAAAUUUCUACCAAAUACUACUGUCUGGCCACAACUGCAGCUCUACUCAAGUAUGUAGAAUUUAUUCAGAAUAUGAUAUUUGCUCCAAACUCUCUAAAAGCUGAAUUUAGAGGAUGUGAACAUAGCACAAUGAUAGAUUCUACUACAGUGAAGCAUUUGGAACUUUUACUCAAUGUUAAGAACCCACAAAACCAACACACACUUUUUAAACUAUUGGACUACACUAAAACCCCUGGAGGAAGUAGACUUUUAAGAUCUAAUCUCUUGCAGCCUCCAAAUAAUGAGGAAACCAUUUGCUUACGACAAAAAGCAGUGAUGGAAUUUACUGAAAAAGGAGAUGUAUUUUAUAGCAUGCAGACUAUUAUUAGCAAGUUUUUAGAUAUAGGUCAUAUUAUAUCAGUCUGUGUUCAGAUACCUAAACAGGAAACAGCUAAGACUGCUGAUAGCAAACUGAACUGUGUGAUAAUGUUGAAACAUGUACUAGAGCUAGUGCCUCCCCUCAGGGAUACAUUAGAAAAUUGUGAAAAUGAACUGAUGAAAAUCUACUGCAAGAACCUAGAAGAUCCAAGGUAUGAUAUGAUAUUGACAAAAAUUAAAGAAGUUAUCAGUGAUGAAACACACUAUGAAAAGAAUACUUUACAACAAAAAAUACAAAAAUGUUUUGCAGUGAAGAAAAAUAUUGAUGCAUUACUGGAUGUGGCCAGAAAAACCUAUUCUGAAUUAAUUGAUGAUUUGCACAAUAUUGUGACAAAUUUAGCUGACCAAUACAAACUACCUUUGAGGGCAACUUAUAACAGUCUCAGAGGAUUUCACAUCCAGAUGAUAACCACGGCCAAUAGUUCUGAUACCUUACCACCAGUUUUCAUUAAAAUUACAAAACAGAAGAACAGGCUCAAUUUCACUACUAUGGAUUUGAUACAAUUAAAUGAGAGAAUUAAAGAAUCCCUUGAUCAAGUAUACAAACUGACAAAUGGUGUGAUCACCAAAUUAAUGACUAGCAUUCAUGGGCACAUAAGUUGCAUGUACAGUCUGGCUGAUGUUGUCUCAAUGCUAGAUCUGUUGCUUUCAUUAGCCCAUGCUGCUUCCAUCUCUUCCUAUGUCUGUCCUGAAUUCACUGACACCCUGGCAAUAAAACAAGGCUUCCAUCCUAUCCUGCAAAAAAUUAGCCCUGACACAGUGGUUCCUAAUGACACAUAUGCGUCUGAACAUAGCAAUUUUGUAGUGAUUACUGGUCCUAACAUGGCUGGUAAAUCUACCUACUUAAGGCAAGUAGCACUGCUUCAAAUAAUGGCACAAAUAGGAUCUUUUGUUCCUGCUCAGUAUGCCUCUUUUAGAAUUACAGAUCAGAUAUUUACAAGACUUGGUUCUGAUGAUGACAUGGAGUCCAAUUCAUCCACAUUUACAUUGGAGAUGAAAGAAAGCAACUACAUCCUACAAAAUAUCACAGACAACUCUCUAGUGAUAAUAGAUGAACUUGGUAGAGGCACUAGUGCAGAAGAAGGUAUUGGGAUUUGUUGGGCAAUAUCAGAAAAUCUUCUGAAAACUAAGGCUUUCAUAUUUUUUGUGACACAUUUCAAACAACUAACAGAUCUGAAGAGAAACUAUCCAAAUGUUGUGAACAACUUUUUUGAAGUCCAAAGAACAUUUAAUGCCAGUGCUAAUCAUGAGAAAGUCUCAUACAGUCAUAUAUUAUCCAAAGGAAUUACUCCAGAAACUCAUUACGGACUAAUGCUAGCUGAAAUGUCUGCUAUCCCAUCUUCAAUAACUGAAGAUGCUAAACAGAUAGUGCAAAAGUUGGAAAAAUUGAAACAGUGGAAAGAAACUCACAACCCAAUAUUAAUGAAAGAACAUGCUGUAUUUAAUUUGGCAACAAGACUGAUACAAGUUGCCAAAAAUUCCAGAAUGGAUGACUACUCCCUGAAAGUAUAUCUUAGAAGUUUGCAGAAAGCAUAUCUAGCAGAAAUGCAAAAAAUCAAUGAGCUAUCUAUGCUGGUGGAGAGUACAGAUAAGGAAGAGUAAAGAAAUACAGGUGUUUUAAUGACACCUCUUUUAUUUUGAAAUUAUAAUAUUGCAUUACCAUCAAAAGGAUCAGUAAAACCUAAUUAAAGGAACUGAACAAUUUAGUGGGUAGAAUAUAAAUCUAUGUUAAGAUUUAGUUUAUAGUUCAUUUUAUUGAAUGUUGUAUUAUUGGAUGUAAUGUAAGUUGUAACUAAAACAAAAGUAAUGACUUAAAUAUUUUUUUACAAUUAAUUUUUUAAUGCAAUUUGAAACUUUGUUUUGUUUUAAUACAAA